AGGUUAUGGAGCUGUGCACAUGCCGAAUGUGACUUUUUACUUCUCAGGAUGGAGCUAAAUACUUUUCUGAGUGGAGCUCAGAUCGACGUCCUCUCUACGGUGUACAUAGUUUUACUCACUCCCAGUGUGAUUGGGAGUUUCUCCGUCCUGGUGGUUUCCAUAGCAAGAUGGCAGCAUCUAAAAGAACAGGUACACAUCCUGGUGCAGCUUGCUCUCGCCGACCUCCUGGCUGCUCUGAUCUUGAUGUCCAUGAGUCUCAUGAACAAAAUACCGACUGUCAACAGUAUAGUCAUCUGCCAAUAUGGCCUGCCGCUGUCACUGACAUUUUAUUUCAUUUCAUUCCUGCUGGUGGUCGCUUAUGCCUGGAAGUCAAAGAAUGUAAUCCAAGGAUGGAGAGAAAGACCAGCGGAUGAUGAGGGGGAUCUGAAUACAUGUAGAAGAGAAGAAAUAGUCAUACCUGUGUAUGCCAUUGUGUGGAUGAUCCCACUUGCACUUUACUUAGCAUAUGUGCUCACUCCUUUCAUGAAAGCUACUUUGCUGAUUCCAGCCACCAGCGGCGUGCCAAAUGGGGUCAUCAGUAACGAUAGCACGUACUGCACCAGUUGUAUUUUGUUCUUGCACGUCUGGAGGAAUUCCUGCUCAGAUGUUGAGACAAUCCAUGACGUUUUCAUCAGAGCUUUUCUUUUCAUUGUGGUGAUACCAGUGAUGGUGUCUUGCUCUAUUAUUUACUAUAAGAUUGGUAAGUGGUAUGAAAGACGAGAUCCGGAGGGGCUUUUCCCAGUGGAGGGAGAUGGGCGUUCAAGAAGAAGAAUGAAAAGAGCAAUUUCUACCGCAAGGAAUAUGGUGACAGUCAUCCUAAUCUGCUGGGCACCAGCGCUUUUCCUCAUCCUGCUAUCUACCUUGUUGAUGAGAACAAACGUUGAACAACGCAGUUUAUUUGGUUUUUAUAUGAUACAGGCUGCCAGCGUGUCUCUACAAGGUUUCCUGAACAGCAUGGUGUACGCCUGGAGAAGGCCCAACUUCACGGAGGCCGUUCUUGGAGAGAGCACACCCUUGGUGGCCUAUAACCACAUGCCCUUUUUUGAUGAGUCAUUGAGGACCUCGUUUUAAUGCUUUGGACUAUAAACACAUCGAUGGACAAUGUCGUGCUGCAAUACAUCAUUCUGGCCUUAAGAGCCCGGUCUGCCUGCACACUUUGGACUGAAAGGAGUUUUUUUUGUGGACUGAAGAUGAAAAAACACCGAACAAAGUGAUGAAGGAAACUCAAAGACUUUAAACAAGCUGUUGCUGUAUUUUCAUUUUCAGCUGCUGAUGCUGACGUGUACUAAGUCAUAGUGCAGCAGCACCUUUUUUUAGUACGGCCAAAAAACUGCUUGUAUAGUUUUAUUAAAGGUUUAUAAAGAUGUUAUUUUGCAAUUACAAACCUAUUUGUGUGUUUAAUUUCUAUUAUAUUAUGUUUUACCACAUUUAUUUAUU